AUGAAACGGGACCUUUUAAAUCUGUUGCGACAGUGCCUACAUCACACGCGAUUGCCCCAUAGAUGUCCUUGUCCUGGCUCGUCCCAUCAAACAACCAGGUCUUUCAGUUCACUAAGCAGGCAAAGUAAAAACAGAGGAUUAUUAUGGAAGACGGCAUUGGGCCUGUCACUUGGGCUCUCAGCAACAGUGGGGGUCCAUUAUGCCAUGUCGGGACCCAGAGACCGGAGGAAAAUGAGGAUCGUGGUGGAAGGUUUUGGACGAUUCUGCAGGUCAAUAUCAGUAGGAAUGUGUCUUUCAGUGGAUUAUUGGUGGACCACUCACGUAGUUCUACGAGGCAUGGAUGAGGGCAGUCCAUUGUACCAGUCCCAGAUGUCGGCGUGCCACCAGAGGGCAGCAGACUGGAUGGUGAACGGUGCCAUAAGGAACGGAGGCAUUUACAUCAAACUGGGCCAAGGUCUGUGCUCGUUCAACCACCUGCUGCCCCCCGAGUACAUACAAAGACUUCAGGUGCUGGAAGACAAGGCUCUGAACCGGGCCUACAGAGAGGUGGAUGAGUUGUUCCAGGAAGACUUUGACAAAAACCCACUCCAGCUUUUUAAGACCUUUGAUUAUGAGCCCAUCGCCGCUGCCAGUCUGGCCCAGGUUCACAAAGCACAGCUGUUUGACGGCACUCCAGUCGCUGUAAAGGUUCAGUACAUUGACCUCAGGGAUCGUUUUGACGGCGACAUCAGAACUCUGGAAAUCCUGCUGGAUAUAGUGGAGUUCAUGCACCCCAGCUUCGGCUUCAGAUGGGUGCUGAAGGACCUCAAGGGCACGCUGGCUCAGGAGCUGGACUUUGAGAAUGAAGCCCGCAACUCUGAACGCUGUGCGGAGGAGCUCAAGCACUUUCAGUUUGUCGUCGUGCCUAAAGUGUUUUGGGAUCAGACGAGUAAGAGGGUUCUCACUGCAGAGUUCUGUGAAGGCUGCAAAAUCAACAACGUGGAGGAAAUCAAAAGACAAGGAUUGAGUUUAAUGGAUACGGCAGACAAGCUGAUCCGGACGUUUGCCGAACAAAUUUUCUACACCGGUUUCAUCCACGCCGACCCUCACCCUGGAAACGUUCUCGUCAGGAAGGGAGUUGAUAACAAAACAGAGCUGGUGUUGCUGGAUCAUGGCUUGUAUGAAUUUUUAAGUCAGAGUGACAGAGAGGCACUUUGUAAACUGUGGAGGGCCAUCGUUCUGAGGGACGAGGGGGCUAUGCAGAAGUACUCCAAUGAUCUCGGGGUAAAAGAAUACUUCCUGUUCUGUGAGAUGCUGCUGCAGAGGCCCAUCGACAUGCACAAACUGGGCCUGUCCAACAUCCUGAGCCGAGAGGAGACGGCCUACAUGCAGCAGAUGGCCUUACAGCGCUUCGAGAACAUCAUGCAGAUCCUCAAGUCCAUGCCCCGGCCCAUGCUCCUGGUGUUCCGGAACAUCAACACCGUCCGCAGCAUCAACAUCCGCCUGGGAGCUCCCGUCGACCGCUACUGCGUCAUGGCCAGGAGUGCUGUGCGGGGCUGGGGUAAGAUCCAGGCCCAGAAGACUGGUUUACUGCCCCAGUUCUGGCUCUUCAGUUGGGCUCGGACAAAAUGGGAGAGUUUGAAGUUUGAAGUAGCUUUGAGGUCGGAAAUGGCCAUGAUGAGUUUGACGCGCUCGUUUAUCAGUGUGCUGUCGUACUUUGGUCUCAUAUCUCUGGAUGCAGAAAUGUACGAUUACCUGAGGUAG